CCAGACUCUCUUCAGGCUCAGCUGAUUAAUAUGGGGGUCAUCCCCACUCUGGUCAAGCUCCUGGGGCAACACACCGACAACACCCCCCUCACAGAGAUGUGCCUCAUCGCCUUUGGAAACCUAGCAGAGCUCGAGUCGAGUAAGGAGCAGUUUGCGUCCACACCUAUUGCACAGGAGCUGGUGCAGCUCUUCAGGAAGCAGAUGGAACACGAGAGGAAGGAGAUGAUCUUUGAGGUGCUCGCACCUCUGGCUGAGAACGAUGUGAUUAAGCUGCAGCUGGUGGAGGCGGGGCUGGUGGAGUGUCUGUUGGACGUCGUGGCACACACACUGGGCAGCGAGCGUGAGGAGGACACGGCCGAACUCAAGACCGCCUCCGACCUCAUGGUUCUGCUGCUGCUCGGAGAUGAGUCGAUGCAGAAGCUGUUUGAGGGCGGGAAGGGGAGUGUGUUCCAGAGGGUUCUCUCGUGGGUUCCAUCUGACAACCACCAGCUGCAGCUGGCAGGAGCGCUGGCCAUCGCCAACUUCGCCCGCAACGGUGAGACACAUA